AUGAGGUCAUUGGCCAACACCGAAACAUUAUUAGAUGAUAUACAAAGUAAAAGUCGAUAUAACGGAUGGACUAUCCAAAGUCGAAGCUCAUCAGUCAAUUAUCAAAAGGGUGUAGAAGAUCUCGACGGUUUCAACGGGUUUCGGCAGGUUUGA